CGGAGCGGUUCAGCGGCCGGACCCCCGGAUUGUCGGUCCGUCUCCGUUGUCGGUCCGCCGAGGAAUGGGGCGGGAGGAAUGGCGGCGGCGGUUGCUGAUGUUGGUGCUGCAGGCGGUGAACCGGCUUCUGCGGCAGCGGCGGCUUCACGGGGCCCUGGCGGCCGUCAAGGGAUUCCGCAAUGGGGUCGUGUAUGGAGCCAAAAUCCGAGCCCCACAUGCAUUUGUGAUGACAUUCCUCUUCAAAAGUGGAAGUCUAUUAGACAAACUGAAGGCCAUCGGACAAGCCACGUACACUCAUUCCCGAAACCUGGCCAUAUUCGUCUUCCUCUACAAGGGGCUGCUGGCUGCACAGCAGUGGCUGCAGGGUGAGAAGGUGCAGUUUCACUCGUUCUUGGCAGCUUGUGUCGGGGGCUGGUUUGUGUUUGGAGACAACAACCACAUCAACAGCCAGAUAAACAUGUACCUGCUGUCCCGAGUUCUGUUUGCUCUUUCACGACUGGCCGUUGAGAAAGGUUACAUCCCUGAGACAAAGCGAGACCCUUUCCCGCUCUUCGCCAUGUUGGUGUGGGGUGUUGUCCUGUGGCUGUUCGUGUACCAUCCGCACACACUGCAACCAUCGCUUCAGUCCUCCAUGACCUACCUCUAUGAAGAUAGCAAUAUCUGGCAUGAUAUAUCGGACUUUCUCAUUUAUAACAAAAGGAGCACUGACAAAUGAGUGGACUUCUGUUUUGAGGAAAGCAACAUUUUAGCAGGAUGAUAUUUCUGUUAAUUUUCUCCUCUGUCCUGAAGAUGCCAUUUGGUGUAAGUGAUUUAACAACAGGUUUGACCCAUCGGCUAGCAGGAGUCCCUGACAGCCGGAUAUAUGCGUGUAAUUUUGGAAGCACUCAGUCUGUAUGUAAAAAACAUUUGUCCCUCAAAAAGUGAAUGAAGCACAAUGAA